ACUGACGCGCUCUCUAUGCCCGGGGAGGACAGAGCGGCCCGGAGGUUGCUAUGACCGCUUACCGGGUGGCCCGAGGCGGGUAGCCGGCUAGUGCUCCAGCCAGCUUCGGCCGCAACGCGGAUCGGGGAAGCGGAAGGAAUCGGAGCGGUGGGUCCGGGAAGCGCGUGGGCGGAGCGCGGAAGAGCCCCAACCCCGCGAGCCGGCGGGAGCAGGGAAGUGCUGUCUUCCAGGUUUGCCGAGUGUAGCUCAUCGCCCCAAGCCCGCUGCGAUUGCUCUCUCCCAUCUGUGCUUCUGUCAUAGCGUGCUGCCAGUGGCGUGGAAGGAUGGCCGUGAGCCACUCGGUGAAGGAGCGGACCAUCUCCGAGAACAGCCUGAUCAUCCUGCUGCAGGGCCUCCAGGGCCAGGUCACCACCGUGGACCUGCGGGAUGAGAGUGUGGCCCGUGGACGCAUAGACAAUGUGGACGCUUUCAUGAACAUCCGUCUGGCCGGCGUCACCUACACGGACCGUUGGGGGCAUCAGGUGGAGCUGGAUGACCUCUUUGUGACAGGCCGUAAUGUCCGCUACGUCCACAUCCCAGAUGACGUGAACAUCACUGCCACCAUCGAGCAGCAGCUGCAGAUCAUCCAUCGUGUGCGCAAUUUUGGUGGCCAGGGCCAGGGCCGGCGAGAAUUUCUCUCCAAAAAGUAUAAGUGAGCCUAUCCCGCCAGCAAGCCCCAGUCCCCACUCAGGUUCCUCCAGAGUUCUACUAAACCAGCAGCCUGCUACCCCGCUCUGCCUAGAACCUGGAAGUUGUGCAGGACUGGCCUGGACACUGGUAUUUGAUAGACACCACCUGUCACAGCUGCCUUUCAUAGCGUCUGCGUCCCAGACUCACCCUGGGACUCAGAAUCCUAUUUAUCUGUCUGUGGCCUUGGCGUAGAUGACAAUCCCCCCCACCCCCUUGCCCUUGGAUCAAGUGCAUCUGAAUAUCUGAUCUACUGAUUUAGAAAAUCUGUCAAUUUUCAACACUUUCCUAAUGACAAUUAUUAAAUGUGCUCAGCCUGAGCCACCUCUUAUGUGUCCCUGUUGCUUUUGCAGUCGUGUUCAUUUUCUCAAAAACCUUAAC